AUGGACAUGAGCUUCUGGGCUGCUGUGAUGCUGCUGUUAUCAGGACCGCUGAGUGGAGCCGUAGGAGACAGAGUGAAGUUCACCACCAGCCUCAGCCCCCCACAGAGCCCAUUUCUGUCUGUCAGCUGGAGCUUUAAAGGUGUGAACAUCAUCACUUCCACCAGCACCGACAUCACAGAGCCAGGACACAGCAACAGGAUCUCAUUAGAUCGAGCCACAGGCGCGCUGGAGCUCAGGAACCUGGUGCUGGAGGACAGUGGGGAGUACACACUCACCAUCAUACCAGACGGGGGGCUGCAGAGAAUGGGGAGGAUCACUCUCAAUGUGUAUGUGCUGAUAACUGGAGCCAGCAUUCGCAGCCCUGCAGCCGUCCUGAUAGAAAAUCAAACCUCCACCAGCCUCACCUGCGAGGCCUCCGGCUCCGUCAUCACCAGAGAGUGGAUAAAAGAUGGCCGUCCUCUUGAUUUCGGGCAGAGCGUCAGCUUAUCGACGGACAACAGGACCGUGUUCAUACAACCCGUUCUCAGCUCCAACCACGGCAACUACCAGUGCAGAGUCAGCAACCCAGUCAGCAGCCAGACUGCGGCUCUCCAUCUCACUGUCAACUACGGGCCGUAUAACAUAUCAGUUAUUGGGCCGUCAGCAGCUCUGCCUGGCCGCAGAGUGACACUGCAGUGCACAGCAGUUUCUGUUCCUCCAGCCAACUUCAGCUGGACAUUUAAUGGAAAUGAAACGCAAGUCAACACCUCCAUGUUUGUUAUAGAGAAGUUAGAGGCUAAAGACAUUGGGAAUUACACCUGCACUGCCAGAAACAUGGUGACCAGGAAGGAAAACUCUGCCGUUCUGGAUCUGAGAGGUAAGAUGGUCACUGUAUGUCGUUUCUGCUUCUUUUUGACUGAAACCUCUCUAUCAUACACAGCAUCCUCUUCUGCUCCCUGUUGGUCAUUCUCAGCUUUGGUCAUUAGUGUAAUUAAUCUGAAGAGGUUAAUGUAAGACAGCAGGUGAGUCACUCUAUUAUACUUAUAAUUAUACCAUGCAUUUAUUAACGGUACAUUCUUCCUGUUCAAUCCUCAGAUAAAUGCAGCUAAUGAAGAAAACCUCAAACAAAAAGUACAGAACAACUUUCAAGAAGUGUUGGACUUUGCUGAAAGCUCAGAAAAACCUGAUUUGAAAUGGAAAGUCUUUCACUUCUAAGAUCUUGUUUUGAAAUUUAAAUAGAUAUAUAUGUUUGUUUGUUGUUGUUUUUUUUUACUUUUGUAUAUCUGUUGUUUGUUUUUUUAUUUUAUAUUUAAAAAAACAGUAACACAGAAAUUCUUUGGAAAUAUAUACUUGCUGAAGAAAUUAGCACUUUUAGUUUCUGCUAAAAACAUAUUGAUGCACCAAUUAUUAAUAACUAACAGUCUAACUCUGUCGAAUGUUUUAAAUCAUUAAAUUAAAUCUACUCCACUCUCACUCUUUUGAUUUUCUGAGUGUAAAUAUUCUAAUGAUCUUUACUGAUUAUUUUCUGAGUGAAUAAUACACACACCCAAAGAUGCAUGAACGGAAAAAAAAUGCAAAGAAAGUUUAAAUAUUUCUUUAUAUAUGCGAGUAUUAACACAGGACCUGACAUUUUUAGGUUUGUCACUAAUCAUCUCUUGUUUUAUGUAAAAAUCUGUCAUAAGAUGAACAGGACAAUAUUUACUGAGGUCUUUCUGUUAAUAGAACAACUUUGGAUAUAGAGCUGCAACUUUGUUAUUAGCUGUAAUUUCUGAUAUUUUUUCACCUUCAUCUUUACAUGCUGGGAUCAAGUUAAAUGAAACCAGCAUGGAUCACUGACCUCAUUGCCUACUUGGACACCUGGGAGCUCCUGAAGGUGGGACUCUGAUGGGAGGAAAUGUUUAUAUGUCACCUAUUGGAGUAAUUUCUCUAAAAAAGAUCAAUAUGAUGAGACUUGGGGUUUGAAUGAAACCACUUUACUUCCCUAUAUUCUUCAGCCUGCUGGCGUCCUAUUUUUAACUUCCUCACUCAAACUGCUGAUUGAGAGGAGCUGAACUUCCUGACACUCGGUACAUACUGAGAUAAAAUAUGUUUAAUGUUCUAAGCUCUGCUUCCUCUUUUCCUUCACCCUGUGUCUCAUUUUAGAACUGUGUUUUUGUUGGCUACAAAGAAACAUAAUACAGGGCAACGUGUUCCUACCACUUCAACCUUUUUCCAAUUUUAUG